UGUAGGUCGUAUCUUUUUUUCACCGUUUUUCCACCCUAUCAGCUUGGAUUGCUGUCAAGCAACAAGAAAACGGAGACACGAAACCUAGAGGCGCCAAUGGAUUCACCCCACCUCUUUUUCCACAGUUCAUCAAUCUCUUCCAUAUACUGUAAGGUCUUCUAAAUUCAUUGAAUCUUAAGAUCUAAUGGCGAUUUUCGAUGAAAGACCGGUUUUCGAUGAGUCGUAUAGUCGAAGUGGACGACGUUAUCCUCGGAACGGCGAUUUAUCAUCGAAUCUUCAGGUCUACUUCUUUCCGGGUUUAAACCUUAGACAGUCCAGGUAAAGCCAUGAACCCUAUUUUUCGUUUCUUUCGCACUUCAUCACCGUGUCUGAUCUCCAAGGUACGAGACCCAUGUCGAUUACACUCUGAUUUUGAUCCGAUAGUUCAAUAAUAUCAGGGCAUGGUUGAAUACGAUUAGGGAUGGCAAAAAAGCCCGAACCCUAUGGGGAAACCCGAAACCCGAUCAUUUCGGGUCGGGUAACGGGUCGUUAUCGGGUUUUUUAUCGGGUUCGGGGCAGGGAGUGGGUUAUCCUCGCCCCGACCCGCCCCGCCCCGAUUAUAUAUAUAUAUAUAUAUAUAUAUAUAUAUAUAUAUAUAUAUAUAUAUAUAUAUAAUGUUCAAAAAAUUUUGGUUCAAAUAUAAAAUACUUAUUGUGGACAAUUUAUUUAGUUAUUAACAAUCUGGUGUUAAUAAUCAUUUUUAUGUGUUUUGACGUAUUAAACAAAACUUAAAUCAAAUAAUUUUUAAUAUAACGUCCAAUUUAUUUUAUUAAAGUGAUGCAUCAUGUUUUUAAUUUAAAAGAGUUGCUAGAACAUGUAUAUUUUAUAAGACAUUGGGGUACCCUAAAAGAGAAUAAAAAUUUCGUUAUCAAUUGUUGUAAACCCGAUAAGAUACCCGAAACCCGACGGGGAAACCCGAAACCCAAUGGGGCGCCCCGAUAAGAUACCCGAAAGUUAUCGGGGCGGGUUUGGGAAUCCAUGCCCCGCCCCGAACCUGCCCCAUUGCCAUUCCUAAAUACGAUCUCACAGACCUUAAUAGCGAAAUGGACGGCUAUUUUCAAUUAUUCAAUAGCGGAAAAUGGUGGAAUCGUUCCAAGUUUUUGUAUUUACACCAGAAAUGGUGGAAUCGGCCCAGGUUUGUGUAUCUACACCUUAGCUUUUACCUGAACUUUUUGGAGCUCUUUCUAUCCUCGAUUUCCUUUAUCGCUUACUCCAUACUGCCAUUCAUUUACACUUCCUCGAUUUUUUGUCUUUUGAGGUUUCCUUUCGAAGGGUUGGAUUGGUUGGAGGCAGCAUCAAGCUUUUUCGAAGACAUACAUACCCUUUCAUGUUAUAUGGCGGUAAUACCAAACACCUAUAUACGAUUAGCUAAUCCAAUCUGUCACCCAAUGUGUUGUUGCAUGAAUUUAGGAAUCUAGGGUUUAAUAAUAGAGCAUCCGUGAUGUGAUUUAGUUGCAGAAGUUAUAAGGUUUCAGUCGUACUUUGUAUUUAUUUCUUCUGUUCUAUGAUCCUGUUCUUCAAGGAAGAUGUAGAGGCUUAAAAUCGUGUAUGUUUUGCAUUGAAGAAUUAGACAUUUUUGAAAAAUAAUUUAUAUUUUUUUUUCUGGAUUUCAACUGAUUUGAGAUGAAUUGCAGUAUGAUUUUGUGAUUUUCUUUAAAAGUGUAUGUGUCAUUGCUGUUGUAAACUAUUCAAAGGCGACUCAUCUAAUUUUUUUCAUGUAUAGGUUGAAAAAAGUAGGUUUUGUCUUUUCUUGAACAGUUUCUAUGCAGUUUACCUUAUGCAGAAAGGGCUGCUUGAUUCUUCAUCCGGUACUAUACCUUGUAGUGAGUUGACACUUGGUUUCUUCAGGGGUUUUUCUGUCCGUUUCUUGGAGCAAAAAUUGGGGUAACAAGAAACAGGAGAGGACUUCAAAAGGGUGUUUCUUUUAUAUGUUUUGGGCACUCUGUUGUGCCCUACUGCAAGACUGAAUGUUAUCCCUUCUUUUCUUCAUUUUUUUGACAGAUAUGGAUUCUAUUCAUGAAUAUAAUUGGGCAAAAUUCUUGCUUGAUAAGUUAGUUAGGGAAUUCGCACGUUUUCGCCAAGGCAAACAACGUGCAGUUGGUGGGUGUCUUUUGUUUCUUCAGCUUUUUUACUAUGAGAGUCUUGCAAUUGGAGUCCCUGGAGAGCUGGGCCCGGUUGUUAUUCCAUGUUUAUCUGAGCUGGGCCUGAUUGUUAUUCCAUGUUUAUCUUCAUGGACAGAAGAAAAUAUUUCCGAGAGAGAAAAACAAGAGAAAGAGCUUGGUGGUUAUAGAUCUGGAGAGGUGAUUUUUAAGGAGAGGGGUCUUGGGGUGCAUGUUGAUACGCUCCCAGAUAGUCAUAGAGCUUAUCUUAGCCUGGCCCCACAGGAAGAACACCAACACCUGGAAGGUGGAGGUGUAAGUGUGGUUAUGAAUUACAAGGACCAAGUUACACUACCAACAAAAAUCAAAGCUUUCGGGUACAACAACAAUGUGAAUGUGAGUAUGAGUGUCAAUAAUAAUAAUAACAAUAAUACAAUGGAUUACGACCAAAACAACGGAAUCGGAAUCCGAGUCGGAAUCGCAUACUAUCAAAACCAAUGCCCUGUUCCAAACUGCACUUUCAAUGGGCAAUACGAAAACCUAUCUGACCAUUUCAGCAAGCCUUUUCAGGUCAUUUAUCAAAUGUUGAGAAUGCUUCUCAAUCUCACCUCCUCUAAUCGAUUGGGGAUUGUUUAUGUCAAGGUUGGAUUUAGCAAUGGGUGUGUGACGGACUUCGUGAGGCCGACGCUAACCAUCACCAAGGUGGUUGAAGCUAACUCUUACCCAAAUUGCCUUCUCAAGAACCUACAUAGGAUGCCAUCUGUACCGAUGCAGAAAACAACACAUAUUUUCAAGGGAAAGAUGAUAUAGGUGUGAUACCUGGUGAUUGUCUAGGCUGUGGAAAGUAUCGUGUAUGGGGAAAACCUUAAGUUCUUGGUCUUAGAACCAGAUUGAAAAUGUUAUUUUCUAUCCACAACCAAAAACACCCAAACCAGCAUGAUGUUAUACCACUUGAUCUCGACAAGAAUUAAGAAGAAGUUGAUAUUUCAUGCUAAUAUAUGAAAGUAACUUCCUACAUCAGUACAUCUUGCAUUAAUAGCAGAUGAGUUGUACUUUUCAUUUCCGUGCAACAACAGUUACAGUGACUUUGCAAACAUCCUUCCAAUAGUCAUGUCUUAAUUGGUUGUAAUAAAAUUUUCUUAUUUGUA